CUAUGGUUACAGUCCAAACCAGCUCAUGUGCAUUCCAUGUGGACCUUGGAAGACUUUCAGAGUGCAGCGAGUACUUUCGAGCCUUGUCCCAGUCCAGAAUGAGAGAGACCUCAGAGAGCCUCAUCUACCUGGACCAUGUGUCAUCCUCCAUCUUUUACAAUCUCCUUGAGUUUUCCUUCUACAAUAGGUUUAAAGUCCCUCAGGAGGAGUUGGGCUCACACAUCAAGGUCAGCAGCUAUCUCUUGGCUGAGGCCUUCCUCUCAAAGUGUCUGUCCAUCCUAGCAGACGAACUCAGGCCAGAUAACUGUUUGUCCUACCUGAGUCUGGCUCAGAAGAUCUGCUGCACCGAGCUGAAGAUGACAGUUUUCACCUAUCUGAGUAGAAAUCUGUUGGAGCUGCCUCACAUUAUCAGGUAUCUUAAUGAUGAGGAGAAGGAGGAACUUGUCAUCCUGAGGACACAAGGUGAUGCACAUCUUUGCAGUCUCAGGAAAGAGAACCUGACAACUUGGAAUGACCCAGAAACAGAAUGUGCUCGACAUAUCUUCACCCUGAAAGGAUCAGAGGAAAAUGGAUAUUGGCAUCCACUUACAGAGCUUCCUUUCAGGGCUGAUAAGUGGUGUUUCACUGCAGUGGUCCUGUAUAAUUACCUGUACAUCAUAGGAGGCUACAGGCAUCGUGUGAGGAGAGGAUGGGAGUUCAAACUAGCUUCCUUUAGGUAUAAUCCAUUCACUCAUACAUGGGUCGCCACAGCCCCUCUGAUUAAGCACAGAAGGCAUUUCAGUGCAGUGGCCUGUGAAGGCUGUAUUUAUGCUGUGGGAGGCUGGUACUUGGACUCCCUGGUGACUCCAGACUCCAGAACAGCUCUCUAUACAGCUGUAGAGCUCUAUGAUCCAUGGGAGGAUACAUGGAGGUUUGUCUCCUCAUUGCCACUCACUGAUUUCCAGUUCACUAUGUCCUUGUCCCAUGAUGUGCCCCUUGCCACUAGCCUUGGCAACUAUAUCUAUGUGUUGGGGAGCAUCCAGAGGACUGGAGAGAAACUGCUGCUGCAGUACAAUACAAGACAAGACUUGUGGUCUGAACUGCUUCCCACCCUCACCAGAGCUGAUGCAGACCUCCCAACUCUUUACUUCCUGGGUGCCACUGACAGGCUGCUUGUGUUUGGUGGGAACAACUCAGAUAAUGUGGUGACAUCAUUUAGUGUGCAAUCACAGAAAUGGGGACAGGUGCACAGAGCUGAGAAAGUGGCAUUUGCAGGACAGGGGACAAUUGUAGAUGACCAGGUCCUGAUGCCAAGUAUAGAGCACAACACUGUUGCAAAGAUGAAUCUUCAAUCUCUUGACCUCAGAGUCCUUCCUCCUCUACCCAUCUCCAUCUGCUAUGAGGCUAUCUUUUAUCUGUACUUCUGAUGUUACAAUUUGAGCUAUGAUGUACAUGUUUUUGGAGUGAUUGUUUUUGUGGCCAAAAGACCAUAGGUCAAUUGUCAUCUUUUGUGCAUAUCACUCUUCUUAUAUUCUCCCCAUGGUUAUCCAGUGCUUAAGUUUAAUAUUAGUCUGUAAGCACAGACUAUACUAAGGACUUUUAUUCUAAGGGGUAAAUUACCCUGUAUACCUGAAUAUUAACGACCUAGUUAUUAAAGGUUAUAGGCUACCCUGAAGGUAAAGACCUAAUCAGAGAGCCACAACUGCUGCACCAGCAAGUAGCUUUCUUUAUGCCUUGUUUAAUGUUA